AUGGGCCGCGUUAUCGCCGUCAUCCCCUCCCGCUUCGCGUCGACGCGGCUGCCAGGAAAGGCGCUGCUCCCCAUGCUCGGUGGCGAGCCGAUGAUUGCGCACGUCGUGCGCGCUGCGCUCGCCGCCAGCACGGUGCAACGAGUGCUCGUUGCGACCGACCACGAAGGCAUCGCCGCCGCUGCGGAGAAAGCUGGCGCCGAGGCGGUGAUGACCGACAGUGCGCUUCCGUCGGGGACCGACCGCGUCGCAGCGGCGCUUCGCCUGCGCGCCGACGUGGCGGCCACUGCGGACGUCGUCGUCAACGUGCAGGGCGACGAGCCGCUCGUGGAGCCGUCGGCGAUCGACGCGUCGGCGCGACUGCUGCUCUCCCACCCGACGGCCGACAUUGCUACGCUGAGCACGCCUCUCCCUGCCGCGCUGCUCCUCGACCCGAGCAAGGUCAAGGUGGUGUGCGGUCCGCCGCUGCACAGCGAGGGCCUUCUUCCGGCGCUCGAGCAGCUCGAGCAGAUGCGGGCCCUCGAGGCGGGGAUGGCCAUCCUCGUCGGCGAGCGCCCGGCGUAG